AUGACAAUAAUAACCACAGAAGCUACCGACAAUUAUGUUUCCAGUUGUAACAUCUUCAUCACUUUUGUGACCUCUACAAUAGGCUGUAUUAUUGGCAUCAUUGGCAAUGGCUUCAUCACAGUCAUCUAUGGGACUGAGUGGGUCAGGAGCAAAAGACUCCCCAUGGGUGACCACCUUAUGUUGGUGCUGAGUUUUUGCAGGUUCUUGCUACAAAUCUGGACAAUGAUAGAGAUUACCUACAGCUUAUUAUUCCGGGUCAUCUAUAACCAAAAUUCUGUGUAUAAACUCUUCAAAACCAUCACUGUGUUUCUGAACUACUGUAACCUCUGGUUUGCUGCCUGGCUCAACGUCUUCUAUUGUCUUAAAAUUGCAAACUUCACUCACCCUGUGUUUCUUAUGAUGAAGCGGAAAAUCACGAUGCUGGUGCCUCAGCUCUUGAGUCUGUCAGUAUUAGUUUCCAUUAUCUUGAGCUCCUUCUUCUUUAACGACAUCUUCAAAGUGUUUGUGAACACUUCUGUCCCCAUCCCUUCCUCUAACUCCACAGAGAGGAAGUACUUUUCUGAGAUCAAUGUGCUCAGCCUGGCUCUUUUAUAUAAUAUAGGAAUCCUCAUUCCUUUGAUCAUGUUCAUCAUGGCAGCCACUCUGCUGAUUGCCUCACUCAAGAGGCACACCUUGCACAUGGGAAACAACGCCACAGGCUCUGGGGACUCCAGCAUGCAGGCUCACUUUGGUGCCAUCAAAUCAACCAGCCACUCUCUCAUUCUCUACAUUAUCAAUGCACUGGCUCUAUUUAUUUCCAUGUUAGGCAUCUUUCAUAUCGACAGUCUCUGGAAUAGUUUGUGCCAGUUUAUCAUUACUGCCUACCCAGCUGGCCAGUCAGUGCAUCUGAUCUUGAGAAACCCAGGGCUGAGAAGAGCCUGGAGGCAGUUUCAGCAACAUAUCCAUCUUUACUUUAAAAGAUAG